CGCCGCCGCCGGAGCGGAGACCGGAGCCGCGAGCGCCACCAGGGCAGCAGCCGCCGCAGCCGCCGCCGCUGGGCUGAGGAGCCGGAGACGCGGGCUGACGAGGUGGCGGCGGCGGCGGAGCGGGAACGAGGACCGGGCAGAGCGCGGAGGCGCGGGUGUAACCCAGAGAACCAUCUUCAAACAUCUUUGCAGAAUUGACUCUGAGCUGUCAGGGGACUCAGGCUUAUGAGGAGGUACUGUCACACAAAACAGUGUCUAGUGAAGACGACAAGAAAGAGGGGAAAGGAUCGGAAAAAGAAGCUAAAACACUAUAGAAAACCAUGAGAUCUAUUAGAUCUUUUGCCAACGAUGAUCGCCAUGUUAUGGUGAAGCAUUCAACAAUCUAUCCAUCUCCGGAGGAACUUGAAGCUGUUCAGAAUAUGGUGUCUACUGUUGAGUGUGCUCUUAAACAUGUCUCAGAUUGGCUGGAUGAAACAAAUAAAGGCACAAAAACAGAGGGUGAGACAGAAGUGAAGAAGGACGAAGCCAUAGACACCUACUCCAAGGAUCAAGGUGGUCGGACGUUGUGUGGUGUCAUGAGGAUUGGCCUGGUUGCUAAAGGCUUGCUGAUUAAAGAUGAUAUGGACCUGGAGCUGGUUUUAAUGUGCAAAGACAAACCCACAGAGACCCUGUUACACACAGUCAAAGAUAAUCUUCCUGUUCAGAUUCAGAAACUCACAGAAGAGAAAUAUCAAGUGGAACAAUGUGUAGAUGAGGCAUCUAUUAUAAUUCGGAAUACAAAAGAGCCCACGCUAACUUUGAAGGUGAUACUUACGUCCCCUCUAAUUAGGGACGAAUUGGAGAAGAAGGAUGGAGAAAAGGUUGCGAUGAAAGACCCUCCGGACUUAUUGGACAGGCAGAAAUGCCUGAACGCCUUGGCGUCUCUUCGACAUGCCAAAUGGUUUCAGGCAAGGGCAAAUGGACUAAAGUCAUGUGUAAUUGUCCUUCGCAUUCUGCGUGAUUUGUGCAACAGAGUCCCCACAUGGGCACCGUUAAAAGGAUGGCCACUAGAGCUUAUAUGUGAAAAGUCUAUAGGUACUUGUAAUAGACCUUUGGGCGCUGGGGAGGCCUUGCGACGAGUAAUGGAGUGUUUGGCAUCUGGAAUACUACUUCCUGGGGGUCCUGGUCUUCAUGAUCCUUGUGAACGAGACCCAACAGAUGCUCUGAGCUAUAUGACCAUCCAGCAAAAGGAGGAUAUUACCCACAGUGCACAGCAUGCACUCAGGCUAUCAGCCUUUGGCCAGAUUUAUAAAGUGCUGGAGAUGGAUCCCCUUCCAUCUAGUAAGCCUUUUCAGAAAUACUCCUGGUCAGUUACUGAUAAAGAAGGUGCUGGGUCAUCAGCUUUGAAGAGGCCAUUUGAAGAUGGAUUAGGGGAUGAUAAAGAUCCCAAUAAGAAGAUGAAACGAAACUUAAGGAAAAUUCUGGAUAGUAAAGCAAUAGACCUUAUGAAUGCACUAAUGAGGCUAAAUCAGAUCAGACCUGGGCUUCAGUAUAAGCUCUUAUCCCAGUCUGGUCCUGUCCAUGCCCCAGUAUUCACAAUGUCUGUAGAUGUGGAUGGUACAACAUACGAAGCCUCAGGACCAUCCAAGAAAACGGCAAAACUCCAUGUAGCAGUGAAGGUAUUGCAGGCAAUGGGAUACCCAACAGGCUUUGAUGCAGAUAUUGAAUGUAUGAGUUCCGAUGAAAAAUCAGAUAAUGAAGGCAAAAAUGAAACAGUGUCUUCAAACUCAAGCAAUAAUACUGGAAAUUCUACAACUGAAACCUCCAGUACCUUAGAGGUAAGAACUCAGGGCCCUAUCCUCACAGCAAGUGGCAAAAACCCCGUAAUGGAACUCAAUGAGAAAAGAAGAGGUCUUAAGUAUGAGCUCAUCUCGGAGACUGGAGGAAGCCAUGACAAACGCUUUGUAAUGGAGGUAGAAGUAGAUGGACAGAAAUUCAGAGGUGCGGGUCCAAAUAAGAAAGUGGCAAAAGCAAGUGCAGCAUUAGCUGCCCUGGAGAAGCUGUUUUCUGGGCCCAACGCAGCGAAUAAUAAGAAAAAGAAGAUUAUCCCUCAGGCAAAGGGUAUUGUGAAUACUGCUGUGUCCACAGCAGUCCAGGCUGUUCGGGGCAGAGGAAGAGGAACUCUAACCAGGGGAGCUUUUGUUGGGGCCACAGCUGCUCCUGGCUACAUAGCUCCAGGCUAUGGAACACCAUAUGGUUACAGCACAGCUGCCCCUGCCUAUGGUUAAUACUUUUAAGCAGUUUUCAGCACGUUUAUCUCACUUUAUUCUCGUUCUCCUCGGACCUUCGUAGCCAUAUCACUUGUAUAAAAUAGGCUGAGAUCUAGUGACUGUAAGCUGUGGUCUCAGUGUACAAAGGUAAGCUCUUUUAUUUUCUGAUUAAAGAGAAAAGUAAUAAAAAAAUCAAUGAACACAACAUGCAUAUAUGACAAUCAUAUAUGAUGUAUUGGAUCUCUUAGGUCUUAUGUCAUCACUUUACCUUUAAAAUUUUUAUGAUCUAAAUGUAAAAUAAUUAUUUUCAGCAUUUGUUUUAAUAUCCUUGUGAUUACUUUCUAUUCAAGAAAGACUUCACUUUUGCUGAGUUAAGUGUGUGUAUGUGUGUAGAAACUUGUGCUAGAACAUAUAUGUGAACCCCACACACGUACCCGUUUAAAUAAAAGAAUCCACUGGUGGAAAGAGUUCACCUAAGAAGGUUUCACGUCAGGUCGUUCUUUUGGCCAAAGUGCUGGAAUUUCAUGAGCAGCAAGAUUGGCAGCAGUGCUGACAGGACGGGACCCAUUUACAUGUAGCUGCUACACAAACUGGGGGUUGAAGUGCCAAUUUCUCAGGGAGAGAAACUUCUCUGAGAAAUGAAAAUCUCUGAUCUGUGUUGUAUGCCCUAAUACAACAGCAGCAAGAAGCCAUAAAAUAAAUAAAUAAAUAAAUAGCAAUAGAAAAUGAAAAAAAAAACCAAAAUAUUAAGGUAACUAUGGAAAAAUAUAUAAUUGAGGUAAGCUAACUAUUUGCAGAACCAACUUUGGCAAGACUCAGAAUGGUAAAGACCCAGUCUACAGAGACCAAAUAGACUUGAGGCAACUCACCUGUCUUUUCUAGGUUAGGUAGCCUGAUGAUUUAUUUCCCACCUUACUCAACCGUCAUGGAGUUCACUUAAAAGAUGUCAGGGUUAGGCCAAAUAUUUUAAUAAGGAUUUGCUUCGUUUAGUGUGUCCCUUAAAUGCAUUUCGUAUGUGUUAGAUGUUCUGUGCUAAGGCUGUAUUUUAUAUAUAGAGAUUAAAAUGAAUUUUAUGUUUUAUAUUUGUCUCUAAGUAGCAGUUUUCUUUUUAUUACUAACUUUGAAGGUUGCUGGAACAACUUUCUUUCCCAUACAGCAUCUGUAUGUAUGUUGAAUGUGGGUUUGGCAUCUAUAAACGGUUGUGUGAGGUCUAGCUGACUAGUAGCAAGUACAUUCCAGUCCUGAUCAAACAGCCGAGUGCCCAUUACGUGCCAGGUCCUUCUCUGGGUAUUAGCAAAACAGAGGCUGUGCCCACUGGACGCACUUUAAGUCUGAGAGUCUCCUCGUUGGUGGAAUUGGGCCUAUUAUAAAUAUCCUAGGUUGGGAGGCAAAUAAUGCAUUAGCAGUGUCAAAAGAUAAUUAUUUAAUAGUUUAUUUAUAAAUUAUUUAAUAAUACGGCCCUCUGACAUCAACUGAAAUGGGCAUCAUUUGGAAAUUCACUCAUUUUAAAUAUAUCCCUGGCAGUUUUGACAGCCGAAACCAACUCUGGUUUAUGUUCAUGGACCUCUAUUCAAGUAAGUGAACUGAAUGAAAUGAAUAACAAAUAACCCCCGUCUUUUUACAGCAGUUUUUAUAGUAUAGCAAAGAACAAACUGGUUCGUUUAAAUAUCGAUCUCUGUCUCUCUUUUUGUUAAUGACAAGUGAGGGGAAUUUUACCCAUAUAAUCAGUAAUCCAGUGUAACUUCCCUGUUUCUUAGCUCUCAUUAAUAACUGCAGUAGAGGUCAAUUUUCAACAGGGAAUUAGGGGAGUGAACUAAGGAGGUUCCCUAGUAAUCUAGAGGCAGCAAAACCAGGGACAUUAAAGAGCAGUUGAAGCUGAAAACAACCUCCUCUGUGAACGGUCUUCCCAUGGAGCUUAAGCCCUUGCCUCCUGGGUGGAGGUGGGGGCGGAGGGUCUGUCUGAAGUCGUCAGGACAAGCAAGGUUGUGUUUUUUCCAAGCUCAUACUCUGUAAAUGAUCGCAUGUCAUGCUGCCAGUGACCAUAGGUUUCUCAGUGUUCCCAGGAGGCCUGGAAGGGAGAUGGGUGGUGGGUGAAUUCCAACUCCUGCUGAGGUGAGUGGUCUCGCCGUCACCUGCAGAGCAUAGAGCUAGUGCUUCUUGCCUGAGCCUCUCCUUUCCUAAUAGCAUCUUCAGAAAGAUACUUUUCAGUCAAAAAUUCAAGUGAGUUAGUUGUAAGAAUAGAUACCCUUUCCCACAUUAUCAUUUUAGGUAGGAGCUAACAGCUUCCAUUGAUGCUUGAAACAGUGAUCUUUGGAGAUUUUUAAAAAUAGCACCAGAAUGCAAAUUAGGUUAUGUAAGCUUUACAGCACAGCUAGAAAUAGGGAAGAGAAACCAUGUGGGAAUCUGGGCCAAAGAAUUUCCCCCCCUCCAGCAAAUUCCCGUGGGGCUUCGGAAUUAGAUGAGUUGAUCCACUCAAGUGCUUUGCACUGUUCUUACCCUGGCUGCUGAGGUGACCAAGUACAAGUACAGGAGGGCGGCAAGGCUGUGCUGGCAGGUAGUUGGCAGGUGUGUGGCCUGCUGAUUGGGCAGCUGCAUUGGUUCUUUAGUGCUGACAGGUUUGGGGUGCUCUCAGGCUUUGGGAGAGGCCUGCCAUAGCACCUGGGGGUUAGACGGGAAACACAAGACAAACACUUGGUGUGGAGGUCACUGCAGGUCCAUGCUGAAGGAAAACGCCCACUUUUCUGCUGUGGUGGUGAAGUCACUGCCCAGGCUGCUGCCGGGGGUUCAUAACAUACACUUGCUUUGGGAUUUAAGUGUGCCUGGAACUUGAACACCACUGAGCUUAGAAUAUCAGCCUGCUGAUUCCACGUUUCCUCCCAAUGCACUAAUAAGAAAAAAGUGUGUGUGUGAUUACAGCUAACCCCGGAAUCUAACACUCAGAGCUUACCAGUGUUUGGCAGGUGGAAAGCAAGUUAUUCUAAACCACAGAGAAGAAAGAGGAGACUGGGUGGCAUGCUUAGAAGUCUACAGACUCAUAUGCUUCUCUGAGAAGCAUUCCUACAGCUUCUCUUCCAAGUUUGCUUCAACGCUUUGGGGAAAAAAAUUUGCACUCAUCACCACGAGGCCUCCUUUCUGUCAAUUUUAGAAAAAACCCUGUCUAUCAGUCUAUCUCUAUCCAUCUAGCCAUUUAUCUAUAUCUAUAGACGCAAUUGGUAAGUUGCUUUUCAGCAAAAGGAGAAAUGGGUAGAUGGUGAAAUUGACGCUAUUGGGUUGAAUAAAGGAUAUACAUCUUCCUAUCCAUUUCUGGCUAGCAUGUCUGUGGACUUCAGGAGCCGCAGAAGAAAGGUGAGAAGAUGCGUCCCUGUCUGUUGGUAGAUGAGCCAAGUGGAGAAGACAGAUUGAGUUCUGUGAUGCUCUAAGGUUAUAAAAAGUGUGUAGACCAGGACUGAAUGUUAACCUUUUAAGGCAAGUAAGAUAGAUUUGCAUUAUAGUCAACAGGCUUUUCUUAAAUCUGAGUUACUUGUAUAACUAAUGACCUGGCAGAAGUUACUCCAUCCCUCAGCUGUGGCUGUUUGGUGAAAUCAUUACCUCCUUGAGUUAAGGUUGAGGGCGGGCCUUUUUUCCUUGACCAAUCAGCUGUCAGUAUCUUAAUUGCUUCGUUGUUCUAAGAGGGUCUUGGUCUUUCUUGGCAGAACUUUCCCGUUCCUGCAAACUGCUGCCUGCUGGUGGGUAGUGUGGAGAUUGCCACCAUCUGCCCAGGCAACUUAAGCAAGUCUGAUUAGCAUAUCCUAGCUGCAGAUGUGUGGUCUGAGGCAUGGUUUUUUGCUGCUUAUGGGCUGCAGGAGGUAACAGGAUUAGCCUGGCUGCUCUGAGGACAUUCUCUUAGCACGGCCUAGGAGCCCAGUCUCUCUGCUUUCAGUUUCUCCCUCCGUUGGAUCCUUUUAUGUGGUUUGGAUGAAUGGUCUCUCCAUUAAAAUGUCAGCUAAACGUCCCAGGUAAUUAAGUUAACAGUAGCCUUCGAUUUAGGCCCUUUGGGCUGUGUGCAGCAGUAGAUUGAAGAAGCAGUAAGAGAGAGGGAAGAAGUCAAAAUUGGUAUCUUGUGUGUCCCAAGCACUUGGACAUUCUUUUUAAUUCUCACCCAACCUCUGGAGGUGGUAUUAGCUGUUAUACAGAUGCAAAAUGAGGCUCAGAGUUAAAUGCUAGGGUCAAGAAGAAGCCCAGCUCUGUUCAGUGCCAAAGCCUCUUUCUCCUACCCCGUGCUGUGGAUGAAAAGUCCGGAAAGUCUGGGAAUGAAGGUUAGGGGUACACUCCUCCCCCCCCCCCCCCCCCCCCCCCCCCCCGCUGCCACAGGAAGGAGGUGUGCCGGCGGGGGUUGGGAGGGGCGGGGCCGCGAGUCUGAAUGAAGCUGUGAGGCCUGAGCAGCCUGCCAGGGGCCUUAUCCGGUCUUUUGAGGUCAUGUCUUCUGAGGUCACAGGCGUCGACGCCCGUCCUAGAAGCCUGAGCUGCAACCUGGGCUCUGUCUUGAGGUCAUUUUAGAGCAGGUAUCCUGGCCUAAAAUAGGGCUAUUUUCUUUCAGACCGAUUGAAAGAGAUUGUUUAACAAACUAGCAAGAUAGACUGGAAGACUAAGGUGUGGCUGUAUGAACACAGGAAGCUUUUGUAUUUGGAGCUUGUUUUUCUGUUUGAGUAUCAAUGGAAAAUUGAGGUACGCUUUCAUUUAGCUAAUGCUUUCUGAGUACACUCUCUGGCCUGAGGUUGGUCAUGGGGGCAGCGUGGAAGAUUUGAGCCAGACUCUGAAGGAAGGCUGGUGAGGCUCUGACUGGGUCAGAGGGGCAUGGAGGGGCAGCAGCCCAGGUUUGGGGUGGUGCUAAGCGGAGAUGGAGGGGUGCAGUUGCUUGUUCUGACUGCCAGGACUAUUCCCAGAUGGGCCUUGGGGGAAGGCGGCCAGCCCGGCAUUUAGGAUGCCUGCUUGAGGAGCCCGCUUGGAUGGCUGUCGGUGUCUGAAUUACUGGUGUGAGGCGCUCUGUAGCACUGGUCUGAGCCCUGCUGCCGCAAACCCUUUCACUAGCCCCUUUGCCAGUGAGUGGCAGCUGGGCGUCUGCUGAGGGGUAGCCACGUGUGGGAGCGGACGCAGAAUCCAUGAGAGAGGGCUAGCCCUCCUCACCCCAGGUGCUUGCCAUCCUUGGCAACUGUCUCUGUUUCCCGAGCCACCGGCCAUAAUCCUGGAGGGGAACAGAGGAAGGGACCUUCUUUUGAACCCAGGUUGUGCGAGGUCCAGAGCAGUGACCUAUGUAUGUGUGAGGGAGACCGAGUGCCUGGCCCUGUAGAAGACAGCACGUAGCGAAGCCUGCCCCCAGGCACCGUUUCAGUUCCUGCUCUGCCGUCCAUUCUGGAGGAGGAACAGUGAAAAAUGGCCAUUCCCACGACACAGACAAGGAAAUUGAAGGAAAUUGAAGCCCAGAGACCGCUCCCAACCACUCAGCUAGUUUGUGGCCAACAUUGUGGCUCCUAAUCAGGGAGUUUUUACCCACAUAGCAGAAAGAACGUUUCUUCUGCUGUUUUUAGAGUUAAUAGAAGCUCUUUGGGAUGAGAUUUGAACUCCACCACAAAUGUGGGAAUCUAGACAUUUUCUCCUUUUACAGAUGAGGAAAUGGAGGCUUAGACAAAAUAACUUGCCCAAAAUUAUACAGCGAGUAAGUGGCCGAGCCCAUCCAUUCCGACAGUGCUCUGCUCAGUACUGGCACUUUGUCGUACUAGCCUAGACCGCUGCCUGUCCUGGAGCCCCAAACCUUUCGGCAAGUUUCCUCUUCUCUCUGUGGUGGAUUCUACCUACCUUUCUUGGUUUGAAACAAAACAAGCAAAACCCAACUCAUCUCUCGCCUCCCUCUCCCCCCAUGGGGGAAAAAUAGAAUCUAGACACCAGGCUCAUUCUUUCUCUGGUUCCUUUGGAAGAACUGUUUGUUCACUUGCUCCUGGACAAGGCGACUGACUCGUCAGCUUCGGGCCAAGCAGCCUGUUUUUCUGUGUCAGCUGCACAGUUGGGUCUAUUUCCACAGACCGUCCUUUUGUACUGUAACCAAACCCUAUAAUAAAGUGCAAACCAGUCAUUGGCACUGGACAGAUCCCAGGGGUUGGACGGUUGGAAGUGUGCUUUCUGCGUUCACCUCACCCCGCUGUGGUUGGCUGUCACCUGUACCUGGCUAGGCUUUCACUGUGUGCUCUAACCAAGUGGGUCACACUCACAGUGACACGUUUCCCCGGGUGCUCUGACGUUGGGAUCUCACUGGCCCCUUCCAUCAUGUGGAUGGUCUCAGAAGCUGCUCACCUUCCCAACACCCUUCCUGCCUGUGGAGGCUCCGUUAGGGAAGCGUGGUGGACAUCCUCUGGGAGGCGGCACCUGAAGAACUCAGGAAAACUGAAAGCACUUUCAAAUGAGAUUUAUUGAGGCUGGUGAAGGGGAGACCUGGGGAGAACCUGGACCUUUCCAUCAGCUCUUUUAAGGGGUUACAUUUACUUGUUUUAUGUAGCUCCAGAAGGGUAAAAACAGUUACAGGAAGCCAGUUGGGCAAUUCGAGCUAACGUGCCUCCCAGGAUGGUGGGCUGGGGUGCCCGGGGCAGUGUGGGGAGACGUGUACCCCAUGUUAGCACAGUGCUUGAGCAGGAAGCCAGGUGUUAGGCUGGUGUGGAGGAAGUUCCAUGGGAUGUCGGUUUGGACAGAAUGCUGAUACGACCACUUCUCCUUUCUUGGGUACAUGGAUUUCUUGGGAGACAUUCACUGUCACCUGCUACUACUUACCAGGCCAUGUGUUGGGGGAGAAGGCACAGUUAGAGAAAAUGUCAAGAUUUUCAGCUUAGACCAGUGAGUAGAAGGUGAAACCACUGACCAAGAUGGAGAGCCCGGGAAGAGGGAGUGGAAGCUCAGGGCUGGAACAGAAUCAGAGCCGUCUUCUGUGGCUGGGACAGAUGGGCAGGAGAGGAGCCAAGCCUGUGAGGAGCCUGACGCAGGGACACGUGCUUAGAGCUGAGUAACGUACAGGGAGUUAGACGGGCUCUGACAGAAGUGGCACAGGCGUCCCACUGAGGCUGGCAUCUGAGCUGGGUAGGAGUGUGCCUUGCAAGCUGGUGAGAUUUCAAGAAGGGGGCCGUGGUGGCCUUCUUGGGACAGCACAGAGGUCCUUGUUAAUGGGAACUGGUCUGGUUCGGAGGAUGAAGUGGCAGAUGGGAUGUUCAGUUUGGGGCCACUUCGUGGAAGGCCUUUCAGUGAUUGCUGUCUUCCAAACUGGUGAGAAUUCUGGAGGGUUGAUUUGGAUGGUUGAGUGGGGAAUGAUUAGAGGCAGGAGGCAGAUGAGGGACAGAGGAGGCUGAUUGAAGGCGGCAGCAAAGGGAUGGAGGCGGGAAUGCGGUGUCUUCACAGGCCAGGCUUCUCUCCCAGACUGAGCGGAACGCAACCACAUGUGGGAAGGAUGGGCCUGCCCAGCCUUCUCCCUGCUGCUGUUCAGGUGGUGACUGAACAGGUGGGCGCUGCUGCUCGGGGCUAAGAUGAGGAAGGCGGGGGAAGGGAGGGAGGUGCUGACGGCAGAAGGCGUGACGGCGAGAGGAGUCCCAGUGGAGCGAGGGCCGUGUCCCCUGGGCUAGGAAGUGGGGUUUGGGGGCCCAGCUCUCUUAGGUGGGGCGCUGUGAGCCCCUUUCUUGUGCUCUGGGAAGCGUGUCUUUUAGCAACGGGUAGAUAGGUUUGCAGGUUGGUCGGUCAGCAUCUUACGCGUUCCUGAGUUUCCUCUCUGCUGGGUUCGCCCCAGGGUGUGGCAGGCCUUCUGCUUUUUCAGACAGUAAUGUUUCGGGUUUUAUCUGGCAACGGCCGAGCUCAUUGGAUACAAAGUCUGUCAAGUCUGUACCCAGUGGGAAGGUGUAGACUUGCUUCACAGAGUCCUUUAAGAAGGGAAAUACCUGUGAUGUUGUAGGAUGACUAGAGGAUUUGCUUUGGGCCUCGGGUUCAUCCUGGGAGGUGGCAGGGACACCCAAGGAGGUCAGCAUGGGUUUCUGUACCUGUCUUGGGCUAAAGAGGCAGCUGUCGUUUUGAGCCUUCAAGGUGGAGCUAUGAAAGGUCACAGGUGCAGAGACUCGGAUCCCAGCAGCCUUGGGGGGCAGCCAGAACCCCAGGGACAGGUGUCUCUCACUGUAAGUGGCCUUGUAUGUUUACCCCAGUGGGCCAUACAGAUGUCACCUUUUUUGUGGAAAUAUAUGGGAACACUGCCUUAGACGUGGUGUUGGCAAACUUUUUCUGUAAAGGGCCAGACAGUAAGUCUUUGGCCUUGUGGACCAUUCGCUCUGUCACAGCUACACAGCUCUCUCGUCGGAGCGGAAGAGCAGCCAGAUGGUGCGUGAACAGACUAGCGUGGCUGUGAUCCAACAAAUUCUACUUACGGAAACAGGUCCUGGGCCAUAUUCUGCCAACCUCUGCCUGAGACUGUGGCGAUUACUCAGCUUUGGCUUAAUUCUGACUGGAAACUUCCUCCUGGCUGCUGCUCAGACUCAUCCAUCUUCCCGAACCUCUGCUCUGCGUGAGCCCUAAGGAUGAGGAAGGUGUCUGCCCAGGAGGACUUCAGGUUUUGAGUGAAGUGGGCACUGGGAGAGCAGGUGGCUGAAGAGUGAAAUACAGAGCAGGGCUCAGGAGUCCACGGUGACGGGGGCCCUGAGAAAGGCUGAGGGUCCAUCAGGAGAGCCCAAGAGGUGGCAGCUUGAGGAGGAAUACGCCCAGAUGGGAAGGGUGCGCUGAACACAGACCUGUACACAGUGCGCAGGCACGCCGGGCGCAGUCUGUGAGGGGCCAUGGGGCAUGGUGGUCACUCACUCGCGGUGGGAGCCAGCGAGGGUUGUGCUCAGGAAGGUGAAGGGAUCAGAGAUGCAUUUGUACACUGUCACUCUGGUCGUGGACGACCAGGUCUGUGGUUACAAAUGGUACCUUUCAGUUUAGUCUGGACUUUUUAGCCAAGGGUUUGGUUACUGUCGGUGUUAAGAGUGGAAAAGAGAGGGCCCCGAGUUGCGUGGGUUUUCUGGCCACUGGCUCUAGGGGGCCACUGAGUGCCACACCUUUUUGACAUGCAGAACUUGAUAAAAUCUUCCGGUCUUUUCUCUUGCUGUGCUGAAGGCCAUCUAACACGCCUAGGCAGAUGAAACAUUGUGUCUCAAAUCUAAUUUUGGCUGGGGCCUUGGUGUGGGAGGGUAAAAAGUGCUGGGGGAAGAAGCCCAUCCCUUGCUUCCAAAUGGAGUCUCGUGUCUGGAAGGCUUCAGGGGGCAGCUGGGCUUCCUCCCGCCCCGUGGCCAGCACACAGGGCAGGGCAGGGCAGGCCUUCAGACAAGGAUCUGUGCCCUCAGGCAGCCUGUGAAGCGUGAGGUAAGAUGCAGUUAUCACACGCAUCCGCCGCUGGGCACAGCUGGGGCAACGAGGAAACCCUCAGUGUAUAUAGUGCUUCCUCCUCACACAGUACUUCUGCUCAGAGGUUUCUGGGUAGGUGAAGGGAGCUACUGCUGACCGAGCAUCAGUGAGGUGCCGACACUGUCCCCGAAUGCGCGGGAGUCGGAGGGGUGUAUGCUCGUGUGCAGUGAAGGACCACUGGGGCCUGGAGAAAGAGGCCCAACACGAGUGAUGCGAGUGCCUGCACAGGUAGUUUGAUUGGGGGCAGGUGAGGGUCACACAGCUCAGAGGGGAAGGCACCUGCCCACGGCCCCAACUCCACGCAGCCUGCAGACACUGGUCCUCUGGGACCGAGUCAGAAGUUGAGGGGCCAGGCGCUGCCCUGAGCACCGGGCAGGCAGACGGGGAAGGGUGCCUGGGUAGGAGAGCACUGGCACCGCACGGAACUGGCCACUGCCUGCUCUGGAGUGCGGGUGUCUUGUCGUUGCUAGAAUCAGGUGAGGGUUAUGGAAGGAAGUCAUCUGACAAGUUGUGCUUCGGAGGCAGUGUUGGUCGGGCUCCCUCUCGUGUGAGAUGUGGCCCUGGAUUUUGCUGCUUGGUCUGUCUCUUUUGGGGGCGCUCUCAGGUCUGACAGUAGGUGGGUCACUUCUGAGGUCUGAGGAGCACUCCUUGUGUUUUCUCGGGGUGCUUCUGGGCUGGGGGAGAAAGGACAGAGGCGUGCGUGGCCUGGGUGGACGGGGCCUGGCUGGGGCGCCCGCCCUGUGCCUGCACCCUCACCGAGGUCCCUGUCAGUCGGGCCUGAGGCACCUCUGAGCCUGAGGCCUUUGCCCUCAGCGGUCAUCGGCCCAGUGCCACCUGUCUCACUUUCCUGCUUAGGGAAACAUGGUCAGAGGGGUCUUUUUGAGUUUUAAAUAUUUCUGCUGUUCUGGGAUGUCAGAGUCUUUUUGUUAAUGGAAGUGAAUGAAGGCUAGGGCUCGGCGCUUUGGGUAACGAAGGCGCCUGUCUCAGAAGUCCCUUCUCCGCUUGUGAUUUAGCAGGUUGGUUCUACGUGUCUGGCCUCUUUCCCCCCUUUCUGGGCUGAGCACUGCUCCUCACAAACACCCCUUGGGCUUAAGGAGCUUUGCUCUGGAGGCUCAGUGACCCCGUGACUCGUUUCCUUGGUGCAGUCGUGUCCGUCUCCAAGCCUCAUGAGCAGAUCUUCUCAGCGAUCCCUGUGCUGGGGCCCUGACCCCCGACGUCGUGAUGACGGCCCCGUGGCUUGAUUCGGAAUUUAGGUCCCGUCACUCUGUCACCCAUGUGCCACCAUUAGACGCAUCCCUUUUCCUGACGGCAUCUCAUGCACCAGCCCUGCGCUGUCAAGAGGGGUUCACAGAGCAGCGCCUGUGCCCCGCUCGGCCUCCAUCCUCGCGGUGGGCUCUGUGGGAGGUGGCUUAGUGCCUAGAAACUCCACGGGCGCCAAACUACAGGCAUCCUCAGGCCCCAAGCGGGGGCCCUCCCCUCUGCCCACCCGGGAAUCAGGCCUGAUUCCUGGCUCUGGCUGUCUUGUGAGCUGUCGCCACUUCCUUUUCAGGGCCUUGAGGGGGCAAAGUGAAGGCGUGUUCCUCUUGUCUUCUAAUGAGUCCUUCCUUGGGCGACUUCAGCUUUUCGCAGUGCUUAUCGUGUUUUCCCCACAAGAUCUCUGAACUCAGGCCUUUCACCAGGGACCCAUCUGCGGGCCUGUCCCUUUGAUCUCUGUUAGUGGCUGGUUGGGGGCCCAGCUACAUCUUGAGGAGAAGACAGGUCUCUUGUACCCUAAUCGGGGUGAGGGCACAUCCAGGAAUAGUGAGGCCGACGGCCCUGGUCCCAAGGGUGCUCGUGGCUGUGUGGGCCAGGAAAGGGGCUGGGUUCACCCUGUUAGCCCUCAGCCCACGCGUGCCUCAUCUCCCUGCUGAGAGUAUUCCCGGAGAGGGGGCCUGUAAGACUUGCUUCUCACCCACUGCAAGGAGAACUCUGUCUGGGAGGGAGGCAGCCAGUCUAGACCCCGAGCCCUGGGCUGCUGCAGGAGGUGGCCUGGAGAAGCUGAGUCUAGUUCCCUACGGCACGGUUUGCAUAUGGCAUUGGACUCCUGGCUGUAUCUUACUCUCAUUCUGGUUUUGUGAUGGCCAAGGUAGUUUUUAGAAAUCUAUUUAAAAUAUCUAUCUGUAUCUAUUUACUGUGUUUUUCUGAAUACGCGAGUGUAAAUAGUAUAAUUUGCAAAGUCCUUGGCAAUAACUUGUGUAUUAUGUUAAAAAACUUUGGAAACUGCGACCACCAUGGAUUGUCCUUCCCCUCGGGCAAUGAUUCCAUGUAGAACUCUGAACUCGCACCCUUCAGCGUGGUUGAAGCAGCAGCCUGCAUGUGUGGACUGUCACCAGUGCCUCGCCCAGGGACGAUGCCUGGCCUUCGCCACAGGGACUUGUGCCACCCCGACUCCCACAGGCAGCGCCCACACUGGGCACCUUCGCACUGACUGUUGGACUCUGCCAUAGACUGACCCUCUUGUCUGGCUGCUGCAGUUUGUCUGUAAUGCCCUGACAUGUUGCAUUUCCCCCAUUUGGAUGAAUAAAAAUAAAAGCUUCUGUCUUAAGCA